CGCGGCGGAGGCGGCCGCUGGGCUCACGGCCGGUCGGGCUCCCAGGCCCCCGGCUCCGGGGUCGGGCCGCGCUCGCGAGGCCGCGGGACCCUUUCCCUGCCGGCCCCCCGCACGGGCGCUGCUUCAGGGAGCAGGUCCCGCGGGCGCCCUGUGGGUGCGGGAGCCCCGCCGCGUGUCCCCGGGGCCGGCCGUGCCUGUGCUGCGCGCCGGGGCCUCGCCCGUGUGCCCUGGUGACCCGCGUCCGGAGUCCGGAGCCUGCCGCGUCGGCCCCGGUGCCCGUGCGGCCGUGGGAAGACGGGCUCUGCGGCCCUGCCGCUGCCCGCGCCCCUGCCGCCCGCCGGUCACAGCCUCUGAGCGGGCCGGCCGCGUCCACAUGGCCUCAGCGCCUGGGGAGCCGGCAGCGGGUGCUUGUGGGGUUUGGGGGCGUCCAGCCACGGUCCAGGCCCCUCCCCCACGCCGGACCGCCUGCUCUGGCCGGUUUCUGUUGUCCCCCCACGGCUGGCAUGUGCGAAGGGCGGGUCUGAAGGCCUGGGGCCUGUGCCUCGGCAGGUUGAGGUCAUGGAUGUGAACGCGGAAAGAGAGAAGAUAGCGAAGGAGAUUGCAGAGCUCGAGCGGAUCCUGGACCCCAGCUCCUCGGGCGCCGCAGUGGGCAUCUCAGCAUCCGGCCUGGGCUUGGAUUCCGAUGCCGAUUCGCUGCCAGACGAAGACUCGGAGGCUGCGGGAUCCCCAGGCUCGGAAGAGGAGCGGUGGGGUGAGGCCAGCAACGGUGAGGAUGACCCCAAGGACAAGACCCUCCCCGAAGACCCAGAGACCUGCCUGCAGUUGAACAUGGUCUACCAGGAGGUCAUCCAGGAGAGGCUGGCGGAGGUCAGCCUCCUGCUGGCCCAGAACCGGGAGCAGCAGGAGGAGAUCCUGUGUGACCUGGCAGGGUCCAAAGGCCCCAAGGCGAAGGACGGCAAGAGCCUGCCCCCGAGUCUGUACAUAGGGCACUUCAUGAAGCCCUACUUCAAGGACAGGGUGACCGGAGUGGGGCCUCCUGCCAACGAAGAGACUCGGGAGAAGGCCGCCCAGGGCAUCAAGGCUUUCGAGGAGCUCCUGGUGACUAAAUGGAAGAACUGGGAAAAGGCCUUGCUCCGAAGAUCGGUGGUCAGCGACCGCCUGCAGCGCCUGCUUCAGCCCAAGUUACUGAAGCUUGAGUACUUGCACCAAAAACGGAGUAGGGUGACAAGCGAGGCAGAGCGGCAGGUCCUGGAGAAGCAGAGCAAGGAGGCAGAGAAGGAGAUCCAGGAGAUCCGGCAGCUCCCAGAGGAGACCUUGCUGGGGAACAGGCUGGACAGCCACGACUGGGAGAAGAUUUCCAAUGUCAACUUCGAGGGUGGCCGCAGUGCGGAGGAGAUCCGGAAAUUCUGGCAGAACUGGGAGCAUCCGAGCAUCAACAAGCAGGAGUGGAGCGGGCAGGAGGUGGACCAGCUGAAGGCCAUCGCAGCCCAGCAUGGCCACCUGCAGUGGCAGAAGAUCGCCAAGGAGCUGGGGACCAACCGCAGCGCCUUCCAGUGCCUGCAGCAGUACCAGCAGCACAACAAGGCCCUGAAGCGCAAGGAGUGGACGCACGAGGAGGACCGCCUGCUCGCCCAGCUCGUUCGGGAGAUGCGCGUCGGCAGCCACAUCCCCUACCGGAGGAUUGUCUACUACAUGGAAGGGAGGGACUCCAUGCAGCUCAUCUAUCGGUGGACCAAGAGCCUGGACCCCAGCCUGAAGAAGGGGUUCUGGGCCCCCGAGGAAGACGCGAAGCUGCUUCAAGCAGUUGCGAAGUACGGGCAGCAGGACUGGUUUAAAAUCCGGGAAGAGGUGCCAGGUAGGAGCGAUGCCCAGUGCCGAGACCGGUAUGUGCGACGGCUGCAGGCUGGCUUGAAGAAGGGCCGGUGGGCCGCCAGCGAGGAGGGGAAGCUGCUCGAGCUGAUCGGCAAGCACGGCGUCGGUCACUGGGCAAGGAUAGCGUCUGAGCUGCCGCACCGGACGGGCUCCCAGUGUCUGAGCAAGUGGAAGAUCAUGGUCAGGAAGAAGCAGAGUCGGGGGAGGAGGAGACGGAGGCCCCUCCGCAGCGUGCGGUGGAGCUCCAGCAGUGGGGACAGCAGCAGCGGGGACAGCGGUGGCGAGGGCGGAGGCAGCGGCGGCAGCAGCAGGGACAGUGAGGACUCGGAGCCAGAGGAAGCCCCGGAGGCCCGGGCGGGUGACCAGGAGCUCCCAUCGGCUCAGCACACCGUGCCGGACAUGGACCUGUGGGUGCCUGCCAGGCAGAGCACCAGUGAGCCGUGUGGAGGGGGAGCCCAAGGCUGGCCAGGACGCCGUGCUGCCUCCCCCCACCCUCCCAGGGGCUCCAGCGAGGCUCAGGAGAGCAGCAGAGCCAGUCGCCCCACUGAGGAGGUGGGCCAGGCAGACACUCCCUCCGGGACCCACAGCACCAGCACGAGAGGCAUCGGGUGCCCAGACUCAGCGGACACUGACGUCUCAAACUCAGAGGAGCCAGCACACAAGAGCGGGAGUCGUCUGCUGAAGGUGCCGCUAGAGACCGUGCUGCAGGUGCUCAGGACCAACACAGCCCGCCGGCGCCAGACGCUGGAGAAACUGAGGCAGCCAUGCCUGCUCAGCUCAUCCCUGGAGACCAGCGCCAGUGACGGUGUGGCCGGGCCCCCGGUACGGCAGCUGUGGCACAGGACAAUUGGGAGCAGGCGGCGGUGGCGGGGACAUGCCCUACAGAGGAGGCUCCUUGAGCGUCAACUUCUGAUGGCCGUGAGCCCAUGGGUGGGUGACGUCGUCCUGCCGUGCUUCCCCCGGAGGCCUGCCACCGUACACACCCGAGCCGAUGGCAUCCGGAAGCAGCUGGAGGAAGCCCGGCUGGCCAGCACCCCUGCGUUCACCCUCUUUAUCCAGUUGCUCCAGAUCGAUACUGCUGGCUGCAUGGAGGUCGUUCGGGAGAGGAAGGCCCAGACUCCUGCCCUGCUCCAGACUGGCGCUCGGGACCCAGCGCCUGGGCUGCUGCAGAUGUCACCGUCACAGGACGCCGCAGGCCGCGGCCUCCGGAACCUGCCAGCGCAGGAAGCUGCAAGGCAGAGCACCAGCCAAAAAGGGAGCAGGGGGUUGCGGCCCUGCCGAGCUGAGUCCGGUCCGCAGGCGCCCCUGCCAGCUCUGUGCGGCCCCCGCCCCAAGCCCAAGACUGUCUCCGAGCUGCUGCGGGAGAAGCGGCUUCGAGAGGCCCGGGCCAGGAAGGCCGCCGUAGGCACCGUGGCGCUCCCGCCACAGCUGCUGCUCUCACCACUCGUGCUCCAGCCCUGUCUCCCAGAGGCGACCCCUAACCCCGCAGCCUCGGGCCCGGCUGCCACAGACCCUGCAGCCACGGGCCUGAGCGCGUCAGCGGAGGACAAGCAGCCCUCCUCCCUGCCCGUCCGGGCCCGCGGCCUGGCCUCCACAGAGGCUGCUCCUGCAGCCUGCAGAGCUCCGGUUCCCAGCCAGGUCCUGGUGAGCGGCCAUCAGGGCGGCCUGGGACAGUCUCAGGCCCCCGCCGCAUCCCGGAAGCAGGGCCUGCUGGAGGUGCCACUCUUCCUCCCUGCCAGCCCCAGCCCCGUUCAGCUGCCCAUCCAGCCCCUCGGCCUGACGCCAGCUCUGGCCACGCACAAGGGCGGGCCACACGUGGCAGCCAGCACCUCUCUGCCUGUCACCUGGGUGCUCACAGCCCAGGGACUGCUCCCAGUGCCAGCUGUGGUGGGCCUUCCUGGGCCAGCAGGGACCUCUGACCCCAAAGGACUGUCAGUGCCUCUGCUGCCCACACUGCCUGGGAUGCAGGCAGGCCAGGGCCCCAGGCCCCCUGGGCAGAGCCACCCUGGGCGGCCCCCAGCCAACGUGGACACAGGCUCAGAUCCUCCCUCUAGGACAGACCUCGCGACCCUUCCAAGGUUCUGCCAAUCCCAAAGUUCUGUGGAAGUGGGCAGUGACGGGUCCCAUGCCCGUGGGGGAUCGUCCUUCCCUGGAGAGGCCCAAGCGGCCAGGGAAAUAGCCGAGCCCAGGAUACCCUCUCAGACCAUGACAGCUGACCGCCCUGAAGCCAGACACCCCUCGUGCAGCCGGCUACCUCUGCAAGCGGGCACUGGCCCUGGGAGUGGCCCAGGAGGGACACCGGGGUCCCCAGGGCCAGGGGGACUCACAGGGCCUCUGGGCCUAGAAAGGCUACCCCCACCCCGGCCUGGGGCUGAGAGGGGUACCCUGGACCUGGACCUCCUGUCCCAGGAGAGUGAGGCAGCCGUGCGGGAGUGGCUGAGGGGACAGCAGGGGGUGUGUGUGCCCCCACUAGGGACCAGGCUGCCCUACCAGCCCCCUGCCUUGUACAGCCUCCGGGCCUUGUCGGGACUCCUGCUCCACAAGAAGGCCUUGGAGCGGAAAGCCACCUCCCUCACGUCCAGUGGGGCGGCUGGAGCCCUGCAGGCCUCACUGGGACAGGUGCACCGGCAGCUCCAGGACAGCCCGGCCUACCUGCUGCUGAAGGCCCGCUUCCUGGCCACUUUCACCCUCCCCGCACUCCUGGCCACCCUGUCUCCACAUGGCGUCCCCACCACCCUGUCCGUGGCCACGAGGGCUGAGCCCGAGAGUGAGAGUGACCUGGAGGAGCUGGAGCUCAGAGAUGGCUGCUCCGCAGGAGGUCCUCAGGCCGGGCCAGCAGCCUCUCUCCCCCCUCAGGAAGCCCCAGACCCUGGGCAGGGCUCUUCCUGCCUAGACAGUUUAGACAACCUUGAUGUGCUGAGAACUCGGCAUGCCUGGCAUGCCCGGAAGAGGAGGCGGCUGGUGUGAACGCAGGGAUGCAGGAGCUGUGCUGGACCCUCGUGAGCCUACCCACCCAGAGAGCCCCGCACCGACACUUCCGGAGAAACAGCCAAAGCAGCUGGAGGCUGGGGAGGCUCCACCAGCAGGGACCAUGUGACCACAGGGGUUGGCUGGCCCUCGGGCACAAAUUAGGACGUUUGAAGGAAUAAAGGAAUAGCUAAUGUUUUUUAUUAAAAGGCAAGCCCUA